CGUGACUUGCAGGUGAGGGAGCGCGAGCGUCGCCGCAGCUGCGCGCCGAGAGCCCUUGUUCCCGCGGCCGGGAGGAGCGCUGCUGCCGACAAGAUGGCGGACGGGGAGCUGAACGUGGACAGUCUCAUCACCCGCCUGCUGGAGGUACGAGGAUGUCGUCCAGGAAAGAUUGUGCAGAUGACUGAAGCAGAAGUUCGGGGCUUAUGUAUCAAGUCUCGGGAGAUCUUCCUCAGCCAGCCUAUUCUUUUAGAGUUGGAAGCACCGCUGAAAAUUUGUGGAGAUAUUCAUGGACAGUAUACAGAUUUACUGCGAUUAUUUGAAUAUGGAGGUUUCCCACCAGAAGCCAACUAUCUUUUCUUAGGAGAUUAUGUGGACAGAGGAAAGCAAUCUUUGGAAACCAUUUGUUUGCUAUUGGCUUAUAAAAUCAAAUAUCCAGAGAACUUCUUUCUCUUAAGAGGAAACCAUGAGUGUGCUAGCAUUAAUCGCAUUUAUGGAUUCUAUGAUGAAUGCAAACGAAGAUUUAAUAUUAAAUUGUGGAAGACCUUUACUGAUUGUUUUAACUGUCUGCCUAUAGCUGCCAUUGUGGAUGAGAAGAUCUUCUGUUGUCAUGGAGGACUGUCACCAGACCUGCAGUCUAUGGAGCAGAUUCGGAGAAUUAUGAGACCCACUGAUGUUCCUGAUACAGGUUUGCUGUGUGAUUUGCUGUGGUCUGACCCAGAUAAGGAUGUACAGGGCUGGGGAGAAAAUGAUCGUGGUGUUUCCUUCACCUUUGGAGCUGAUGUAGUCAGUAAAUUUCUGAAUCGUCAUGAUUUAGACUUGAUUUGUCGAGCUCACCAGGUGGUGGAAGAUGGAUAUGAAUUUUUUGCUAAACGACAAUUGGUAACCCUAUUUUCAGCCCCAAAUUACUGUGGCGAGUUUGAUAAUGCUGGUGGAAUGAUGAGUGUGGAUGAGACUUUGAUGUGUUCAUUUCAGAUAUUGAAACCAUCUGAAAAGAAAGCUAAAUACCAGUAUGGUGGACUGAAUUCAGGACGUCCUGUCACUCCACCUCGAACAGCUAAUCCACCGAAGAAAAGGUGAAGAAAGGAAUUCUAAAGAAUCCAUCAGAUUUGUUAAGGACAUACUUCAUAAUAUAUAAGUGUGCACUGUAAAACCAUCCAGCCAUUUGAUACCCUUUAUGAUGUCACACCUUUAACUUAAGGAGACGGGUAAAGGAUCUUAAAUUUUUUUCUAAUAGAAAGAUGUGCUACACUGUAUUGUAAUAAGUAUACUCUGUUAUAAUAUUCAGCAAAGUUAAAUCCAAAUUCAAAAAUUAACCAUUAAAGUUACAUCUUCACGUUUCACAGUUUUUAAAGUUGAAAAGCAUCCCAGUUAAAUUAGAUGUGAUAGUUAAACCAGAUGAAAGCAUGAUGAUCCAUCUGUGUAAUGUGGUUUAGUGUUGCUAGGUUGUUUAUUUUUUGGCUUUUUUGUUUGUUUUUGCUAGAAUAAUGGCAAAUAUUUUAAUUUUUUUUCCCUAAACAUUUUAAAAAAUGAAAUGUGGGAAGAAGAGCUUUAAAGACAUUAACUGUUUCCCCUUGUUUAUUCACCUAUGUACCUGUUUGAUCUUACUAAGAAAACUUUUGCCCUGAUUCUAGUAAAAAGGAAUUUUAGAGAUUGGUAUUUUUAAAAAAUAUGCAAACUGUUCAAUCCAGUGAUUUAAUCAAACAGUCUGGGCAAACUUUACAGCUGAUAGUGAAUAUUUUGCUUUAUACAGAAAUUGCCACUGAUUUGGAUUUGUGCACUCUAAUUUUUAACUUAUUGAUGAUCUAUUGUGCAGUAGCAUUUCAUUUAACUUUAAGAUAAGGCUCAUAUAGUAUUACCCAACUAGUUGGUAAUGUGAUUAUGUGGUACCUGGCUUUAGGUUUUAAUUCGCACGAAACACCUUUUAGCAUGCUUAAACUUUCUGGUAACACUCACCUGCAUUGGUUUUGUUUUUGGGUUUUUUGUUGUUGUUAUUUGUUUUUAGAUCCACAGAACAUGAGAAUCCUUUUUUGACAAGCCUUGGAAAGCUGACACUCUUUUCCUCCCUCUAUACGAAGGAUGUAUUUAAAUGAAUGCUGGUCAGUGGGACAUUUUGUCAACUCUUGGGUGCUUAACUGUCUAAAAUUGCCAUGUGACUGUUGUAUACGAUUGUAAGGCUUAUGUCACUAAAGAUUUUUAUUCUGAUUUUUCAUGAUUAAAAUUCAUAUGAUAUUGUAUAGACAUGCUUUGUAGUGAAUUGUAGUAGCAAUAAUUUCUGUACAUGAUCAAGGGUUUAUUGCAGCUUUUCUUUCCUGUUCUCUUUUUUUAAAGGUUAGUAUUAACAAAUGACAAGGAGUGGAAAGAAAGGAUUUUAGAAAGAGAACUUACAAAACACAGAUUUGUGAUUCUUUGGAUGUGACACUUUUGGAUGUGAUUCUAAAAGCUUUUAUUGAGCAUUGUCAAAUUUGUAAGCUUCAUAGGGAUGGACAUCAUAUUUAUAAUGCCCUUCUAUAUGUGCUACCAUAGACGUGAAAUUCCUCACCUUAAUAUUGUCUUUGAAAAUGUUAAAUUGAGAAUUCUGUUAACUUACAUUUUAUGAAUUGGCAUAUUGCAUUAUUGCAAGAUUUUCAGCCCAGUGCAAAGUUCUUUCAAAUGCAUUUGUCUUUUUUUUUUUUUUUUCUAAUUCCAUUUUGUUUUAAAGCACAUUUUAAAUGUAGUUUCUCAUUUAGUAAAAGUUGUCU